GUUGAUUUUUGUAGGUUCGCCUUGUUUCUUCACGAUGACUGGAAGCUGUUGUGAAAGUGGGAAAUAUUUUUUAGUUGGGGCCAUUGGUGUACUUUUAAUUGGUAACGUCUUCAGUAGUCCUUUACCGGCGAAGGACGGUUUUGGUGAAGAGUGGGAAAGCAAUAAUGAGAUCGACCAGGUGACUGCAGCAAUCAUCGAAGAAACCGACCAGUCAACUGAACGAACUACCACUACGACAGAACGAACGAUCACUACCAGCAGUACUACGACGGAACAAGUGAUCACUACCAGCAGUACCACGACGGAGUAUCCUUACGCCGCAAUAGCAGCUAUAUACUCGUCGCCUCCGGAUAAGACGUUAUAUAUGCAAUACGCGUCCGGGACACACGAUUUCCGCGUUGGUCACAAUCAAGAUGAGGUUAAGCGUACAAUCGAGGAGUACCAAUACCAUUUCGAAAGGGUUGAAAAGGGCCUUCCACCGACGACUAAACGUGGUUUUCAUGCACCUCCUAAUAACUAUUAAGUGUUUCAAUUUUUGAUAACCGAAACUGGUUUACGAAAAUAUGAUUGAAAAGGAAUAAAAUAUAGGUUUUAAUUGAUCUGUGCACAGGCCAGUAAUCAAAGCGUUCGGUCAGUAUACGGACGAGCGAGUAAUGAUGUCUAAAGGUUAUCAUCUAUCGAUUGCACCACUUGCGUUUGUGUGCCUGUGCUUAUAGGGACAUUGAAACAGAGCUGCUUCAAAAUCAACACACUGAACCUUGCAGCUUGCAUUAACUAGAUCACAUUGGUUUUUAAAUAAAAUUAUCCCAACUUUAC